AUGGCCGCCGAAAGACUGCUGACGGCGCAGCGGAAAUCCUUUGUGUCACAACGAGCUUUGGCUGAAAUUUUGAGCAUUGUUAAAGACGAAGAUGAACAGCACCUGGCUACGUCGAGAACAACGCUCAAGCGCAAAAGAGAGCGGGACCUGCGCAUGGACACACCGUACGGGCCACUGUGGCGAACGAUGACUGGGUUCGUGAUGGAAAAGGGCAAGCCCUUGACAGUGUCCUACUUAGACCCGGCUGCCCUGCUGUGGGCCGUGUGCCGGGAAGGCGGAGGUUUCGCCGAGUUUCUGGAAGAGCGAAACGGCCUUCAUCCGAGCGCUCCGUCCCAGCCCUGGUCCCUGUGCUUGUAUGUAGACGAGGUUUCGCCAGGGAACCAGCUGAAACCCUCGAAUGAGAGGAAGCUUCAGGUGAUCUACAUGUCUCUGAAGCAACUCGGGGGGUUGGCGCUUUCGAAAGAGGACAGCUGGCUGUUGGUAAGUUGCAUCCGAUCCGUGGAUGUCAAGAGAUGUGCCAACGGCAUGGCACAAGUCAUGAAGCGCUUCCUGGAGGUUUUCCUGGUUGCGCGACAUGACUUGUUGCACUACGGCCUUCUGCUGCCUCUGAAGAACGGUGCUAACGUGACGCUGUGCUGCAAGCUGGGAACCUUGGCGAACGGAUGUACUUUUCUUAUUCAACAUGUUUAUGCUUCCGAUUGA